AGGAGAGCAGGGCAGGGGCAAUGUGGCUUCUCCCCAGCCUGGCCUGGGCUCUCCUGAGCCCCGUCCUGGGGUCGGAGCUGAACGUGCAGGAGAGUUUGUUGUUGAAAUCCUUGGGCCUGAGCACCAAGCCCAGCCCGAAAACCCCCGUCCCGGUGCCCCCCGUGCUCUGGAGGAUCUUCCAGAAGAGAAAGACGCCUCCCCCGAGGGACAAAGACCCCGUGGAUGCCUGUAGGGUGGAGGAAUUUAAUGUCCCCGGGAACAUCAUCCGUGUCCUCGCUGACCAAGGCCCUUUCAUGCCCGAGGAGCAGCCCCGGGGGUGGCUGUGCCUGCGGAAGCGCCUGUUCUUCAACCUCUCCGUGCUGGAGGAGGGCGAGCGCUUGACCAUGGCCCAGCUGGAGAUCAAAUUCCACCACAAUUCCUACCACCCCUCCCGCCGGGGGCAGGUCUUUGAGCUGAGGCUCUUCCAGACCCCCGAGGUGUCCCCCCCGGGGGUGCCCGAGCCCAGGCGGAGCCCGCUGGUGGAACAGUCCUUUGCUCAGCUGCACAAGUCCCUCCUCUUCAACCUGAGCGCGGCGGCGGCGAGGGAGCGGAGGAUGCGCGGCGGGAGCUUGGGGUUGAUCCUGGAGAUCUCGGCGGGCAUCGUCGGGGCGGGCGGGGCCCCGCGGGGCCUCUGCUCCGGCAUCGACUCCUUCCUGGACACCUCCCUGCUGGUGGUGACCCUGAGCCAGCAGUGCCAGGCCCCCCGGAGGAGGAGGAGGAGGAGGAGGAGGAGUGCCGGGCUCCCCCCGCUCACGCCGAGCAACCUGUGCAGGGCGCGGCGGCUCCACAUCAGCUUCAGCGACGUGGGCUGGGAGAACUGGAUCAUCGCCCCCCAGGGCUACCUGGCCAACUACUGCCGGGGGGAGUGUCCCUUCCCCCUGACGGCCGAGCUCAACAGCACCAACCACGCCGUCCUGCAGACCAUGGUGCACUCGCUGGACCCCCAGGGCACCCCCCAGCCCUGCUGCGUCCCCGUCAGGCUCUCCCCCAUCUCCAUCCUCUACUACGACAACAGCGACAACGUGGUGCUGCGGCACUACGAGGACAUGGUGGUGGACGAGUGUGGCUGCAGGUAGAGGGGGAGCAGGGGGUGGCUGCCGGGGG